AUGCGCAUCGCAGCGAUCGCGAGCGCGCUGGGCCUGGCCAGCGCCAAAGUGCACCUGCCCUCUUGCGGCACGUGGCAGCCGAUGGGCCCGAUCGGCGGCCACUACAACACGAGCGCGGGCGUCUUGACGGAGAAGCUCAACGUGCACCUCGUGCCACACACGCACGACGACCCGGGCUGGCUGUACACGGUCGACCAGUACUUUUCGCAAAACGUCGACUACAUCAUCGACACGGUCGUCACGGAGCUGCUCAAGAACCCAGAUCGGCGCUUCAUGUACGUCGAGCAGUCGUUCUUCCAGCGCUGGUGGCGCGAGCAGUCGCACGAGAUGAAGACGAUCGUCAAGAAGCUCGUGAAAGAAGGUCGUCUCGACUUGUCGGUCAACGGCGGCUGGGUCAUGCACGACGAAGCGGCGGCCCACUACUCGGUCAUGAUCGACCAAACCGCGCUCGGCCACGGCUUUCUAGUCCACGAGUUUGGCGUCAAGCCGCGCAUUGGGUGGCAGAUCGAUCCGUUUGGCCACUCGGCGACGCAGGGCUCGCUCCUCUCGGCCGGCGUCAACUUUGACGCACUCUACUUUGCGCGCAUCGACUACCAAGACUACGAGAAGCGCAAGGCCAACAAGGACCUCGAGUUCAUGUGGCAGCCGUCGCCGUCGCGCGGCGAAAAGGUCUUUACGGGCAUGAUCCAGGACGGGUACGGGUCGCCGCACGAGUUCUUCUUUGACGACUGCGCGCCGAUCAAGGACGACCCGGACCUCCACGACUUUAACGUGUGUGAGAAGGUCCAGUACUUUGUCGAGAAGAGCCUCGAGCGCGCCAAGCACACUAAAGGCAACCAUAUCUUUUGGCCCAUGGGCAUGGACUUUUCGUACCAGAACAGCCUCAAGUGGUUCAAGAACAUGGACAAGCUCAUCCACUACGCCAACCAGGACGGCCGCGUCAACGCCUUCUACUCGACCAUCGGCCACUACACGGACCUCAAGCUCGCCGACAAGUCGCUCCAGUGGUCGACCAAGACGGACGACUUUUUUCCGUACGCCGACCAGACGUACGCUUACUGGACCGGCUAUUUUACGAGUCGUCCGGGGCUCAAGCGCUUUGCCCGCGUCGCCAACGGCAUCCUCCAGACGAUGCGCCAGCUCGAAGUGCACUCGACGACGUCGUCCAAGCUCUUGCACUUGACGGCGAGCGUCGGCUUGGUGCAGCACCACGACGGCAUCAGCGGCACGGAGAAGCAGCACGUCUCCAACGACUACGCCCAGCGGCUCGCCGAAGGGCUCACGUCCGCCAAUGAGCAGCUCAACCACCUCCUCGGCGCGUCGGCCUCUCCGUUUUCAACGUGUCUCUUGGCCAACGUGAGCCUCUGCGAGCAUUCGACGUCGGCGUCCGAGACGUUCGAGGUCGUCGUGUACAACCCGCUGCCGUUUGCGCAUACGUUUGGCGUCUCGCUGCCGAUCGAUACGCCGAGCGCUAGCGUUGCGCUGGCGUCGACCAACACGCCCGUUCCGUCGGCGGUCGUGCCGUACGUGCCCGUGCAUGUGGACGCCAAGGCCGCGCCGCACACGCUGCUUUUGCAGGCGGACGUGGCACCGCUGAGUCUCCAGCGCUACCGCGUGACCAAGACCAAGUCUGCUUCGACGACUUCAUCGUCGGCCGAUGAUAUCUCGACGCUCGAGAACGACCAUAUCAAGGCGACGCUGGACCUGACGAAAGGCAGUCUUGCGAGUCUUCUGGACAAGGCGACAAAGACGGAGGUGCCGAUGUCGACUAAGUUUGGCUACUACCAGUCGUACUUGAACGGCAACGACGUCAACUCGGGCGCGUACAUCUUCCGCCCCAACACGAGCACGCUCCAUGCCUUCCCCGCCGUGUCGAGCCAUGGCUGCGACGUCGUGCCCCUGCGCCAGUCGUGCUGGUUCCGCUUUGGCAACAUGGGCGUCCUCAGCUACGAGCUCCGUCCGUGGGACACGUCGCUUGUGGUCGAGUGGACGGUGGGUCCGAUCCCAAUCGACGACCACCAAGGCAAGGAAGUGAUUCUGCGCUUCGACUCGAACGUGGCGUCCAACAAACGCUGGUACACGGACUCGAACGGGCUCGAGUACGUCGAGCGCAUCCGCGACUUUCGCGAGACGUGGAACCUCACUUUGCACAACGACGAGGAGCACGUCGCUGCCAACUACGUGCCGAUCACGACCGGCGCCUACCUCCGCGACGACAAGGUGCAGCUCAACGUCCUUACCGACCGCGCCCAGGGCUGCGCGAGCCUCAAGGAUGGGCAACUGGACGUGAUGGUGCACCGCCGCGUGCUUGGUGACGACCACCGCGGCGUCGACGAGGCGCUCAACGAGACCGAAACGAUUCAACUGACCAGCAACCAGCCGCGCGUCCAAGGUCUCACGGUCCGCGGUCAGUUCUAUGUGAGCGUCGGGCCGCACGAGGCGGCGAUCGAGCGUUUGCGCACGACGACGUAUGCGCAGUACGUCCCGCCCCUCGUGGCCCUUCGCGAAGGCUCGGGUGGCUUUGCCGAGAUGAAGAAGUCGGUGGUGGGCGACCUCAAGUGGCCGGACAACAUUGGGCUCACGGCGCUCCACUGGGCGCACCCGCACUGCCGCCUCGUGCGUCUGAGCCACCUCUUUGCCAUUGACGAGCACUCGGAAUGGUCCAAGCCGGCGUCCGUGGACCUCGCCCAGCUCGUGCCAGGCGCUGGGCACGUCGUGGUCAAGGAGCUCACGCUCUCGGCCAACGCGGUCAAGGGCCCGUCGCCGACGACCGUGACGCUCCAACCCAUGGAAGUCAAGUCGUUCGAGCUCUGCGCGCAGGACAAGCGUGCCCCGGUGUACGACGAGGCCCGUGCGCCGCUCGGACCGCUCGCCGACGACUUGGACUUUUGACCCGCUUGACACCAGCAAACCGAGUCAUUCCUACGGUUAAUAGCUGCGGUUCUAACCGACAAUAAGAACCGGUGCCGCCUUGA